GAGAGUAUGUGAGCAUCAGUCGAAGCCUCUUUAUUUCGCCCCCUAGUUUAGUUAAGGACGCCUGCUGGAGCGCAGUGGUCGGGGACAGCACCCCAGUGGAUGCGCAAAUGUAAAAAGCUGCAGCGCACCGGUGCCACAAGUAGCUAGUGGAAUACAACAUAGAGCCUAACUAUGUUUUCCUUUGAGGACACUGGCGCGCGGCUUGGCAUGGUGUCCUUAUUUCCACUCACUCACAUCUGAGUUCAUUAUACCUUUGUUUUUGUUUUUAAAAGCAGACAUAGGCCUAUUUUUAUUUCUUUUUUAUUUUAAGAAGUACAUCUCCCGUUUUUUUUUUGACGAGUUGUGUUUGCAGCGAAACGGUUAACGAGGGAACCCUGGAAAGUACCGAGCUAUGGAAGAGAAUGAUCCCAGUAACAGAGAGGCGGCGGCGGCGGGGGAGUCCAACAGAGCCAUCCUCCCCCUCCUCCAGGCGCCCGGGAACCCGCAGGUCCCGCACAGAGUCACCAAUUUCUUCAUCGACAACAUCCUAAGACCGGAUUUCGGACGGAAGAAAGAAGGGACCCCAAUCCGCGAGGAGGGCAGGCUGAGAUCCAGGGAAAGCCCAAGCCCCGGUGCGCCUCCUCGGACCGAGCAGGAUGAGCAGGGGAGUACAGUAGCGCGAGGGAACCAGGGACCCGCCAGCCCGCACACCCUCCCCACCGCCAAGAAGCCCGCCAUAGCCCGCGAAGCGUCCCCCAAGAGCCGCGUGGAGAACGCAGACCAGUGCCUAAGCUCAGACUCGGACAGUUCCCAGGCCAGCUCCAACCCGUCGGCCAAGCCGCCCAUGCUGUGGCCCGCCUGGGUCUACUGCACCCGCUACUCCGACAGGCCCUCAUCAGGGCCCAGAUCUCGAAAACCAAAGAAGAAAGCAGCCAGCAGCAGCAGCAGCAGCAGCAAGGAAGACAAGCGACCACGGACGGCCUUCACAGCGGAGCAGCUGCAGAGACUCAAGACCGAGUUCCAGACCAACCGCUACCUGACCGAGCAGCGGCGGCAGAGCCUGGCCACAGAGCUUGGCCUGAACGAGUCCCAGAUCAAGAUCUGGUUCCAGAACAAGAGGGCCAAGAUCAAGAAGGCCAGCGGCACCAAGAACACGCUAGCCCUCCACCUGAUGGCGCAGGGAUUGUACAACCACGCCACCACCACCACUAAGGACGACAAGUCCGACAGCGACUGAUUGGACGAGAUCUUAUGAAGCCUACAAUGCAAUAAUUAAUCAAAGGGCCAGUGUAGAGUAGGCCUACAUAUACCAGCAUCAAUUGAUUGAAACAUAUAUAAAUAGAUAUUUCUGCAAUAUCAUGUCUAUAAACAGAGGGUGUAUAAAGAAAGGUGUUCACUAUGUCCUACAUGCUCACCACGCGUCGUUUUUAUACUGUUCCUACUCAUCGCUCUUCGUUUCAUUGCAUCUGAACUGGCACUGGACGCCUCGACCUGUCAGUGAGGUGAACAACUCGCUCGAGUCCAAAGAAGAUUUCUGCUGCAUCCAGGCAACUGUGAAUUUAAAUAAAUGCUCACCAGAUUUUAUUUCCAUGGUUGUUGAUUUCCUCGUUUUUGUUUUGAUGUACAAAAAGGACGCAACGAGCAAGUCUUUUACAUGUCACGACUUGCAGACAAAAUUGGCAGAGUAAGAAUUUUGAUAAAUGUUUUUAAUACUCAGAAACUUUAUAAUCAUGUACAGGCCUAUCGCAUCCGAAGACAUGGGCCUACGUUUUUUCUAACAUGCCAAUUAACUAAAAAGCUUUUAGUUAAAAAGCUUUUAAAUCUUUAGAAACAGCUUCUAUGUGUUGGUAUCAUAGCUUCGAAACUAAUGUAAUUUCUGUUCAAAAUGUUUGUUUUUUCUCUGUGUCCUACCAAUGCAGCUAUUAUAAUUUUUGAAUAGCAAUAUAUAUAAUUUUGUAGCAAGAUGUUUUGGAUGCUGAAUGCUGCCUGUAGCAUAUUGACAAUGAGGGCGUAAAGUCACCAGAAUAUCUUCACAAAUCUGUCUCUAUAUAUACAUUUUAUUACACAUCCAUAUAUCAUAAAAGCUAAUUUGUUAGUGUCUGUAUUACAAAUGUUGAAAAUCUCUUAUUGUUGUUUAAAGGACUUCCUGUGUAUUUAUAUAGAUUAUAUUGAGAAAAAGAUUCUAUUGAACGCCCAGCGUUGCUUUAGAGUAGAUAUCUGGUGUGCUUGUUCCACUGCAAUAACUUCUUCUUUUGGGAAUGGAAAUAGUAAAUGGGGCCUUUUGCAUGAAAGCUGCAAUUUGUUGUACAUGGGCAACUAACUGUGUUUAUGAGCCUGGUGGAACUCUGUGUGUAGGUUGAGCUAUGGUUCAGACUACAUCUGGGUGUAGGUUGAGCUAUGGUUCAGACUACAUCUGGGUGUAGGUUGAGCUAUGGUUCAGACUACAUCUGGGUGUAGGUUGAGCUAUGGUUCAGACUACAUCUGGGUGUAGGUUGAGCUAUGGUUCAUAAUACAUCUGGGUGUAGGUUGAGCUAUGGUUCAGACUACAUCUGGGUGUAGGUUGAGCUAUGGUUCAGACUACAUCUGGGUGUAGGUUGAGCUAUGGUUCAGACUACAUCUGGGUGUAGGUUGAGCUACGGUUUGGACCAGAUCUGGGUUUAGGUCGAGCUAUGGUUCAGACCAGAUCUGGGUGUAGGUCAAACUAUGUUUUAAGACCAGAUCUGGGUGUUGAUUCAGACUACAUCUGGGUGUAGGUUGAGCUAUGGUUCAGACCAAAUCUGGGUUUAGGUCGAGCUAUGGUUCAGACCAGAUCUGGGUGUAGGUUGAGCUAUGAUUCAGACCAGAUCUGGGUGUAGGUUGAGCUAUGGUUCAGACCAGAUUUGGGUGUAGGUUGAGCUAUUGUUCAGACCAGAUCUGGGUGUAGGUUGAGCUUCAGUUCGGACCAGAUCUAGGUCUAAGGCUCAGAUGAGUUUCAAAUUGGAUCAUUACCAAAAUGUGAACUUUUGCCUUUCAACGUGUUUUGUUGUGCAUCUGCAAAAAGUGUGUGUGAAUUAAAUUCCACCAAACAGAACACACUUUGCCUUAAAGUUCCCACGAGAGCUUUCUAUGAAACAGAACUGUGCCCAAUCAGAGAAGCAGAAUCCUUCGAAUGCAGACUUUUCAAGUUUAUUGCCUUUAUGAAAACCUGCUGGUACGACAUAAUGAAUUUACCCAUCAGCGUAUAUCUAUCUAUAUGAACAUGUUUAAAUAAAGUUACAACACAGAGUUGUAGAACACAA